AUGCGUCUAUCACUUUCAGCCAUCCUUUGUUUGGGUGUCAAGGCUAGUCUAGCCUUACCGCCAGGCCCCCCGGGACCGCCAGGGCCACCGGACCCGGAUCAUCUCCCGCCGUAUAGCACUUUCAGCAACCGCAUCAUCUACACUCCCCCCAAGGGAGGCCGAGCGGUCUAUCCGCGUCUCGCGGAGCUUACCGACGGCACUCUUCUGGUAACUGCUAGCGUCAGUGGCAUUGCCGGUGCCGGAAACCUCCCAUCGUUCCCUAUCUUCGAAAGCAAGGAUGGUGGUGUGAACUGGAAGUGGAUUUCCAACCUCACCGACCAAGUCAACGGCUGGGGCAUGGGCGCCCAGCCCGCCAUCUACGAGCUGCGGAAGCCACUUGGCGGAUUCAAGCCUGGAACGAUCCUCGCUUCAGGCAAUAGCUGGAGCGGCAACGGAACGCGUAUCGACUUGUACGCGAGCACGGAUAAGGCGCGGACGUGGGAGUUCGUGAGCCAUGUGGCUGAGGGCGGACGCCCGAACACCACCAACGGCGCGACCCCGAUCUGGGAGCCGUUCCUGCUUGCUUAUGAAGACGAGCUCAUCGUCUACUACUCGGACCAGCGCGACCCCAAACACGGCCAGAAGCUCGCGCACCAGCGUUCGCAUGACCUCAAGACCUGGGGCCCUGUCGUCAACGACGUCACAUACGACGAAUACCUCGCACGCCCUGGCAUGACUGUGGUUGCGCACAUCCCGCCCCUGAAGAAAUGGAUCCUGGUGUACGAGCGUCCAGUCGGCAACUCCAGCUCGCAUGGGGUGAAUUACCCCGUGCACUACCGGCUGGCCGACGACCCGAGGGAGUUUGACGCGGCCGAGCCCAUUCCCAUCGUCAUCGAGCUCGGUAAUGGAACAACGGUGGCGCCAAAUGCGUCUCCCUAUGUCGUCUGGUCCCCAGAAGGCGGGCCCAAUGGGACGAUUGUCGUGUCCGAUGCCGACCGCAGCGCCGUUUAUGUCAAUGAUGCUGGCGCUGACCCGGAGAAGUGGCUAAUCAAGGAGUGCGGCCAAGCAGAGGCAUACAGCCGUGCGCUGCAUGUUUUCGAGAAGAAACCUCAGCGGCUGAUGGUUCUCGGCGGAGAUACGUUCGACGGGAACGGUAUUGGGGCGUUGACGAUUAGUGUAAUGGACAUUAAGAAGCUGAUGGACGGAGGUUUCUCGGCACCGAAGCCGGAGCCGGAGCCGCCUGCUUGCGAGGCAACCUGA